AUUUGCUCUCAUUGGCAUUAACGUAAGUAUUUCUUAAAAAUUAAAAUUAUUAAGUUUAAAGGCAAAACUAGUAAAUUAAUAGUGCAUUAAUCAUUGCAACUAAUCAUGUUAUACAGCAAUAUCAUGGAGUACGCAUCGAUUUUUGCGAAUUUCACUAGUUUUUUAAGUGAUUGGAGUUUUCGCAUGUCCAAACAUAACCUAAUAUGUGUCAAUCAAGUAGAACGGUUUAAUUCGUUGCUCUAA